AUGAAAACUAAAUAAGGCUUUAGAGGAAUGUCUUGUUUGGAAUCAAGGAUAUCUUCUUUCCCUUUGAGAGGUAGUCAUCAAGACUGGAGUGUUGGUUUGUGAAUCUGGAGGUAUUGUUUGCUGCCAAAGUAUCGAAAUAUGGAACAGUUAUAUUUUUAACCUCACUUCCAUGAAUAUAUUAUGAAGGAGAAUGAAAGAUGGACUUAGUAAAACUAUGCCCUCAGAUACUGCUUACGAUAAAACCCAAACUUGCUCUACUAACUGAGAUUGUGCAGUGCCACAAACUCUCAGAGAAGAAUCAAAACAGGAUUCUAAGAACGAUGCCAGCUGAGAAGUAGUUUUUUUAUUUGGUAAUCCACAAAAAUCUUCCCCAAAAAUUGACUUCAAGUCUCUCUACAAUACCUAGAAGAAUACAAAUUACAAACAAGAGUUGGAUCAAAGAUUCAAACCAGCUAUAUCUCUCAUAAGUUAAAGGAUAAAUAAUCCUUGUGGCUCUGAAGUCCACUUCGGAAAACCCAAACUCUCCAAGAAACAAUGAAUGGAAAUUGUCAAGGUUAAGAUCCUGAAUGGAGAAGGCACAGCAGACAUUGCAAAAAAUAAGACCAGGGCUUCUACAGUUAGAUAAAUUAUUAGAGAUUACAAUGAAGGCAGAGUAGAAAACAUUGCAGGAUCCUUGAAAGAAAACGCUAAAUAAUUGAAGAAAACUCAGGAUUAGUGAAGUCAUAUUUGGAAUAUUUCAUCAAAGCACUAAGAAUUUCAAUGGGGAUGAUAUUUGAAAAUAUUGAAGAUAAACAAUAGAAACCUACUAUUUCUAGAUGAAAUAUCAAAACCUUAAAGAAAGCAGCUUGAAUUUUAGCUAUAAAAAGCUGAAUCUAAGACUUAUAAAUGUCGGCUUCAGAAAGCUUUACGUUGCCAGGAAGUUGUUCAUAAUAGGAAUGAGGCAUAGAAUUUUCCCUGAAACAAUUUUAUAAAAAUAGAUGAAUCUACUGCUUCAUAUAGAAUCCAGAGGAUGCACGGUUUGCCCUAGAAGGGUAAAAGGAGAUAUUAAGACCGCAAGCUUCUGAAACAGUAUGAAAGUGAUUACAGCGAUAACUACAAAAAGCCAAUUCUUUUUCAAGCUUUCAACUAUCAACACAAAUGAGGAAAUGUUUGGAGAAUACUUGAAGGACUUAUAUAAAGUGAUCAGAAGAAC